CAGGUCCUGAAGUUUAUAGAAUAUCUUUUGUUUUUCCAAAUAAUGACAAAUAUGGAUCAGGACCACAAUCAUCCAGUGGAGUCAAUACUACAUAAUGCAAAGCACAUUCUCUGAUGGUGAGUGUAUAAGAACACCUGAUGGUGCUCUUGAGAGGCACGGAGAUGGAGUUCAUACCACCCCUAAUGGAAUUACUUACACAGGAAACUGGAAAAAUGAUAAGAUGAAUGGCAUUGGAAGGCUUGAGCAUCCUUCAGGGGCAGUUUAUGAAGGCGAGUUCAAGGACAACAUGUUUCAUGGACUAGGAACCUAUUCAUUUCCAAAUGGAGCAAAGUACAUUGGAAAUUUCAAUGAAAACAAGCUGGAAGGUGAAGGAGAAUUUAUAGAUACACAAGGCCUGGAAUGGAGUGGCACAUUUCAUUACACAGCAGCACCAGGACUGAAGCUUAAGCUGGAAAUGUAGCUAUUUUGCACUAAAGGUAACAUGUAUUAAAUACUGUUCUUAUGCCACAUUUUGACUUAAUAGUUGUAAGCAAGGUUUACAAUAGCAACUGAUGUCUUAACAUAUUUAUUAGAAAUA